AUUAUUCGAGUGGUCGUCUAAGAAGUGCCCGGAAACAGGGAUGAAAGAGAUGUGGCAAAAGAGUCUGUGGGUAUCUGGGCGCCCAUACAAAGCGUACUUGUACCCUGUUUUCGGGUGCUUUUUGCCUCUAACGAGUACCGUUAUCCAUCCCUUCUCUCCCUGCUGCUGGAUGUCAUCAUACAGCACAUACCUACAGUGUAAGCAGGGGAAGUCAAUCCAAUCCACGCAGGGAUUCUCCAAAAGAUUACCCUUUCUUUCUUACCCUCUUUUUUCAUUUCUUUUUCCGCCCUCGGAAAUCCGUUCCUGAAAGAAAAAAAGAAAGUUUUCCCCCUUUCCAUUUUUUUUCUUUUGCUC